AGUCUCAUUUUGAGAAUUAAUUAGAAACGGUCCGAUGACGUCGUUUUACUCCAUUAUUUCUCUUCUUCUUCUUCUUCUCUCUCUUUCGUCUGCGGUUAUCUCCGAUGAUGCGUCCUUUCAGAAACUUCCGGUGCCGGAAACUAGGUCAGGACCUGAAGCUUUCGCCUUUGAUUCCACCGGAAAAGGAUUCUACACCGGAGUCUCCGGUGGUAAAAUCCUCAAGUGGCUCCCCGAGACAGGUUAUGUCAAUUUUGCCCAGAUCACUGAAUCCUCGAACUCUUCAUGGUGUGAUGGAAAUAUUGGAACGGCUUUAGCCGGACGAUGUGGUCGACCGGCAGGGAUAGCGUUCAACGAGAAAACAGGUGAUCUCUACGUCGCCGAUGCUCCGUUGGGUCUUCACGUUAUUUCUCCCGCCGGUGGUUUGGCCACAAAGAUCGCCGACAGUGUUGACGGAAAGCCCUUCAAGUUUCUUGAUGGUCUUGACGUUGAUCCCACUACUGGUGUCGUCUACUUCACUUCCUUCAGCUCACGCUUCACCCCUAUCCAAGUGUUGAUUGCAUUGGGAUUGAAGGACGCAACUGGAAAGCUCUACAAAUACGACCCAUCAACCAAAGUCGUGUCUGUAUUGAUGGAAGGCCUAAGUGGUUCAGCCGGGUGUGCAGUGAGCUCAGAUGGUUCGUUCGUGCUGGUUAGUCAGUUCACGAAGAGUAACAUCAAGAGGUAUUGGAUCAAGGGACCCAAAGCUGGUUCGUCUGAAGACUUCACAAACUCAGUCUCAAACCCUGACAAUAUCAAAAGAAUUGGUUCUACUGGAAACUUUUGGGUCGCUUCCGUCGUGAACAAGAUCAUCGUGCCUACGAACCCAUCAGCAGUUAAAGUCAACUCUGAUGGUGAAGUGCUUCAGACAAUUCCACUCAAAGACAAAUUUGGUGACACUUUGCUUAGCGAAGUCAACGAGUUCGAAGGCAAUCUAUAUAUCGGAACCCUCACCGGACCAUUUGCUGGAAUACUUAAGCUAGAAAAUAAAAGUGAAGGUUCUUGUCCUGUCACUUAGAAUCUCUCGUUUUAAUGCAGCAGGUGUUUACAAACAUAUGAGAGCGUUAUAUUUAUACCUGAAUUAUGAAUGUUCAAAUUAAGGUCAUCAGAACCUUAUAGUGGUUUUAUUUUUAUGUUACUAAAUAUAUAUUGUUACACGACCGA